AAUUAAAUUCCGAAAAAAAUAAUAAUCACCCCUUUCGCAAACCAUAAAAAAAAAUUAACUUAAGCCAUACGACAUACUCAUGUAGUCAAACAUGUUCAAGAACCGGAUCCGCAUGUUUUUUAACGAACUGAAGGUGCUGGUUUUCAUGCGAUCCGGUUCUGGACGCUCCGACAGUGACGCAGAGCCGAACAGACCCAGCAGCAGCAUGAGGGGGCUCGGGAUGGGCGGCUGCGGUUGGCCGCCCUUCGCUGACUGCUCCAGCCGCGACGACGAGGAAGAAUACUACGGAAGCGACCCCAGGCCCAGGAGUCUGGCGUUUGAGGAGAAAGACCCGAGACUGCAGGCGGGCCUGGACGCGGUCAGCCUCUCCAGCAGCACGGGCAGCGGCAUGAGAACACCUCAGUGUCGAAUCUGCUUCCAAGGGCCCGAGCAGGGGGAGCUGUUGAGCCCAUGCCGCUGCGACGGCUCCGUGCGCUGCACCCACCAGCCCUGUCUGAUUCGCUGGAUCAGCGAGAGAGGCUCCUGGAGCUGUGAGCUCUGCUACUUCAAGUACCAAGUCCUGGCCAUCAGCACCAAGAACCCUCUGCAGUGGCAGGCGAUUUCUCUGACGGUGAUUGAGAAGGUGCAGAUCGCUGCCAUUAUCCUGGGCUCACUCUUCCUCCUCGCCAGUAUCUCGUGGCUGGUGUGGUCUUCUCUCAGCCCGUCGGCCAAGUGGCAGCGCCAGGACCUGCUCUUCCAGAUCUGCUACGGCAUGUACGGCUUCAUGGACAUUGUGUGCAUAGGCCUCAUAAUCCACGAGGGCUCAUCCGUGUACAGAAUCUUCAAGCGAUGGCAGGCUGUAAACCAGCAGUGGAAAGUACUGAACUAUGAGAAGUCGAAGGACUUGGGAGACCCGGUGAGCUCCAGCAGUAAGGCAGGCAUCCGCGGUGCACGCAGCACCCCUCACGGCCUGGCCAGCGGCAGCAGGGGGCGCCAGCGAGUGCGCCGGCUAAGGACUAUCCUCAACCACCACUGCGGCUACACCAUCCUCCACAUCCUCAGCCAGCUGCGGCCCAGCGACACGCGGCUCGGGACCGCCACCAACCGCGAGGUGGUGAUGCGGGUCACGACCGUAUGAGGUCGGAGACAGAAACAAAGACGAAUUUUAGGCUCCAAAAGACGCAAUGAUCACGAUUUUCCUUGCAUAACGGACAAGAAUGCACACAAACAAUGCGUAGGACAUUGGCGCCAUUAAUUCCUGGAGUUUCUGUUGGCGAGACUCUCUCAUGAUCUAGCACACUAUUGCAUUUUUUAAGUUGGAUUUCCUCGACGGUGUUGUUUUUUUAUCGAUACGGUUUUUAAAACGUUUUGAUUUUCUAAGAGAGAAUGGUACAUGAAGUGACAUCGACGUUUGAUGUAUAUGAUAACCCAUAAUAGGGAACUAUUGUUGUAAAUGAUGUUUACGGAUGCUUCUGACGCAGCAAGAAAGCCGACCAUAACCAAACGAUCAAGACACAAAAACCAGGGAAACGAGAUAUGAAUUGUUACAUGCUAAAAUAUAUCAAAGGGGAGGGUGCAAUAAGAAUCAAUAAGAUUAUAUAGAGAAUAAAAAGACGUAAACAUUUAAAAGAAUUUGAUCUUCUCCGCAAUAAAGAUACCUGUACAUUUUACAGUGACCUUUGCAUGAGGGUAGAGUUUUAUGCCUCCUCGACACAUGGACAUGAUGAAUUUGUUUUAUUCAGAAUGGUGCUCGUUUGAAUAAACACUUCUAUUCA